AUGGUUCGAAACCAAUCUCGUUGCUUUCUUGGUAUUAUUAUUACCAUCUCUUUCUUUUUCUUUCUUCUUUCCUUACCAAACACUUUCGCUUCUCCCACACGGUCUUUGUGCCGCAGCGACCAAAGAGAUGCUCUUUUGGAGCUAAAAAAAGAGUUCCCGAUCCAUUCCAACGGGAGCCAUCAUGUAACAACACUUUCUUGGAACAAGACCGUUGAUUGUUGUUCUUGGGAGGGUGUCACAUGUGAUGCUACAUUAGGAGAGGUGAUAUCACUUAAUCUCGUUUCCUAUAUUGCCAACACCUCUUUGAAAUCUAGCAGUAGUCUUUUUAAACUCCGACAUCUUCGUCACCUAGAGCUUUCACAUUGCAAUCUCCAAGGAGAGAUUCCUUCUUCAAUUGGAAAUCUUUCUCAUCUCACAUAUCUUGAUCUUUCUUUCAAUCAAUUAGUAGGUGAAUUUCCGGUUUCGAUAGGUAACCUAAACCAACUAGAAUACAUAGAUCUUUGGGUUAAUGCUCUCGGAGGUAAUAUUCCUACUUCAUUUGCCAACUUAACAAAGCUUUCUGAAUUGCACCUCCGUCAAAAUCAAUUCACGGGUGGGGAUAUAGUAUUAUCCAACUUAACUAGCUUGUCCAUUGUAGACCUCUCCUCCAAUUACUUCAACUCCACGAUUUCUGCUGACCUUAGUCAACUCCACAACUUAGAGCGAUUUUGGGUGUCUGAGAACUCAUUUUUUGGACCUUUUCCCUCAUUCUUGCUCAUGAUUCCUUCGUUAGUCGAUAUUUGUUUAAGUGAAAACCAAUUCGAAGGACCUAUUAAUUUUGGGAAUACCACUUCGUCAUCUAAGUUGACAGAGUUAGAUGUUAGCUACAACAAUCUUGAUGGGCUAAUCCCAAAAUCUAUAUCUACAUUAGUUAGUCUCGAACAUUUAGAGCUUAGCCACAACAAUUUUAGAGGACAAGUCCCUAGUUCUAUAUCGAAAUUAGUCAAUCUCGAUGGUUUAUAUCUUAGCCAUAAUAACUUCGGAGGACAAGUCCCUAGCUCUAUAUUUAAAUUAGUCAAUCUCGAACAUUUAGAUCUUAGCCACAACGAUUUCGGAGGACGAGUCCCUAGCUCUAUAUCAAAAUUAGUCAACCUCAGUUCCCUUGAUCUUUCCUACAACAAGUUUGAAGGUCAUGUACCUCAAUGUAUAUGGAGAUCUUCUAAGUUAGAUUCAGUGGAUCUUUCUUAUAAUUCUUUCAACAGUUUCGGCAGAAUUCUAGAACUUGGGGAUGAAUCAUUAGAAAGAGAUUGGGAUCUUAGCUCAAAUUCCCUCCAAGGACCAAUUCCCCAAUGGAUCUGCAACUUCAGAUUUUUUUCCUUCUUAGAUUUUUCCAACAACCAUCUUAAUGGCUCAAUUCCACAAUGUUUGAAGAAUUCCACUGAUUUCUACAUGUUAAAUCUGCGAAACAACAGUCUAAGUGGAUUUAUGCCAGACUUCUGCAUGGAUGGCUCAAUGUUGGGAUCACUUGAUGUCAGCCUCAACAAUUUGGUGGGGAAACUUCCAGAAUCUUUCAUCAACUGUGAGUGGAUGGAAUAUCUUAAUGUGAGAGGAAACAAGAUCAAAGACACGUUUCCAGUCUGGUUGGGAUCUCUACAAUACCUAACGGUUCUUGUGCUCCGAUCAAAUACAUUCUAUGGUCCAGUCUAUAAGGCCUCUGCCUACUUAGGCUUUCCAAGCAUGCGGAUCAUGGACAUAUCGAAUAACAACUUCGUUGGAUCAUUGCCACAAGACUAUUUUGCCAACUGGACUGAAAUGUCAUCGGUAUGGCAACGACCUAUGCUCACACUUGAUUACAAAAGAAAUAUAGCUAUACCAGGGUCAAACUACAUGGGAGAUGAUAAUCAUCAAGAUUCAAUUGAUUUGGUGUAUAAAGGAGUAGACACAGAUUUCGAACAAAUCUUUGGAGGCUUUAAAGUCAUAGAUUUUUCUGGAAACCGAUUCUCUGGACAUAUCCCUAGAUCCAUUGGUCUAUUGAGCGAAUUGCUUCAUCUCAACUUGUCAGGCAAUGCAUUCACAGGAAACAUCCCACCAUCUUUGGCUAGUAUUACAAAGCUCGAGACGCUAGACCUAUCGCGAAACAACUUGUCAGGUGAAAUUCCUCGAGGUCUCGGGAAACUCUCGUUUCUCUCCAACAUCAACUUCUCCCACAACCAUCUAGAGGGAUUGGUGCCACAAAGCACACAGUUUGGAAGUCAAAAUUGUUCUUCAUUCAUGGGUAAUCCCAGACUCUAUGGACUCGAUCAAAUUUGUGGAGAAACCCAUGUCCCCAUACCUACAUCGCUGCACCCCGAGGAACCUUUGUUGGAACCGGAAGAGACAGUUCUGAACUGGAUAGCAGCUGCAAUAGCAUUUGGACCUGGUGUGUUUUGUGGAUUAGUGAUUGGACAUAUUUUCACUUCAUACAAGCACAAGUGGCUUAUGGCGAAAUUUUGUCGAAACAAGCGCAAAACCACCAUAGGUACUUCUUAA